ACCACUACGCAUUACUGCCUUUUGCGCCGCACAGUCACAUUGCAUAUCAUCGUAUCGCACUGAUCACGGAACCUACAAGAAGAGGCUGCUGCGCGACACUGCCUCAGUCACAACUCCCCAGCGUCGGCCACCCAGUUCGGAGUAUGCACUCGCCAUAUCGACACACCAGAGGACGUCAACGCUGCAACAAACAAAAUGGAUGAGGACUUGCGCAUGCUUGAGGAGGAAUAUUGCCCGCCAAUAGAUCCCACACUUCUCUAUACCAUCUAUUCGGACUAUGCAGGGGAACCAGAUGCUGUUGCCCGCACCAGGGAACUAUUGGAGACCCUGAAGGCCACAGCCGAAGUGGAGGCACUUAAUUUCGACCCCUCUGGUAGCAGCGGGGGCGCCGUGCAAGACAGUCCAGACAAAAGCAGCACCGACGCCGAUUCAUGGGGCACCCAGACGGUAACGACAGAGCACUCGUCCCUUUCAAACGACUUUGCCUCGCUUAGUGUGAGCGGGAGUUCGGGAAGCCCACAGGAAUCAUUCGAGAGUGGAUAUUAUAAAGACACGGAACAGUUUGAUGUUCCUACAAAGGAACUGUUGCUCGCCGAGACGUUUCCCGGCUUGCGGCUCGCCCAGGUGACGCACACGUUGAAAAAGUGCGGUUACGAUUACGACAAAGCAACGGACGAGCUACUCAAUCACGUCUUCUUCGACGAUAGUAGGAAGAGCCCGACAGAAGAAGGUCCUAUUGCCAAGGGUAUCGAAGCCUUUUCUGAAGACCAUCAUAUACCGCAAAAGGGAAAAAAGGGCAAGGCAAAGAAAAAGCAGAAAGUUUCGUUGAGUAACGUUGGAGCUGAUUAUUUUGUUGAAUCAGAUGUGCCGACAAACCGCUGGCAGAACACCAGCCGUGAAUUGGAGUUUGUCACGUCGCGAACGAGCGUUCCAGCAAAGACUGUCUCGUCGCUCUAUCAUGCGAACGGCGCAUCCUUGUCAGCGACUGUGUUGGCCAUUGUGAAAAGAGACAUUGAAGCGCACAAGAAGGAAGGGCAGCCAGAUACUGCGCUGGUGCAAGACGCAAUUACCCUAAACGAGAGUUUUCCUUCGAUCGACUUGGAGCAUGCAAUUGCGGUCGUGCGCCUGACUGCCCCAUCAGCCAUCAAAGCCAAAGAACUCGCAAAGGCCCUUACCCAACAACCGGCGAGCGAAACGGGCGGCAAAGGUGGCAUCAAACUUGACUUGCGAUAUGCUCCAGUCGAUCUGUCCGAUCCCUUGGAAGUAACCAAACUGCCUGUGCUUGCGCCUUCUGCGAGACCGCGUGACGCCGUCUCCACCGCUGCCGCUCGAAACGAUGCGUUUACAAAAGCAUCCAGCGCUUAUCGCAGAGGCAAAUCAACGCCGCUCAUGAGGCAAGCUGCAGCAUACUAUGCGCAAGAGGGCCGUGACCUCAACGCCAACCUGAAAGUCAUGAAUGCAGCGGAAGCUGAUUCUUUAGUUUCGUCGCAAUCAGGACCUACGUACCUCGAUCUGCACGGUGUAACUGUUGCGGAUGCGACUAGGAUAGCAAAGCAACGCACCCAGGCUUGGUGGAACGGCCUCGGGGAGCGCAAGAUUCCCGAGUGGAGUGGCCCUGGUCGGAGAGGUGGAGGCGAUGUCUUCAGGAUCAUCACAGGUUUGGGUAGGCACAGCGAAGGCGGCCGAGGUAAACUGGGGCCUGCGGUGUUGAAGACAUUGGUAAACGAGGGUUGGAAAGUUGAAGCUGAGCCUGGUGAGUUGUACGUCACAGGUUUAGCGAGAAGAAGAUGAACUUGAGCCUGGAUCUGGAAAAGAUGCGUUGUAUACAGGCCAUUUCUGUGUCAAUGUUGUUUCAAUAUACCCUUGUGCAUGCGCAAAAGCGCAAUGAUAUGUCAAAUGAUGAACAUUGCUGCAA